GUGGGCAGAGCACACAUGCUGUGUGUGUGGGAAGGUUGGCCAGAGAGGAAUGCUGGGAGACUGACAGUGGUUCAUCAAGCGAGGGCCAGAGGUUGCUCAGCUCCGGGACAGAGAGAAACACUGGCGCUGGCAGGUGGCAGCUAAGGGCCAAAGCAAUCGCGGCAAGGGACGCCGACGCUGCCGGGCCCCAUGGCUCAGAUGGCCCCGGAUGACAGAGGGCUGCAGACCAGGGCUGCUUCCCAGGAUGCCUUGGGCCUGCAGGACAGCUUGUUCUCCUCGGAGAGUGACAACAGCCUGUACUUCACCUACAGUGGCCCGUCCAACACCUUGGAGGUCCAGGCCCUCAGCUACCAGGUGGACGCGGCCUCCCAGGUGCCCUGGUUUGAGCAGCUGGCGCAGUUUAAGAUGCCGUGGGCCUCUCACAAGGACUCUUGUGAGCUGGGCAUCCAGAACCUGAGCUUCAAAGUGAGGAGUGGGCAGAUGCUGGCCAUCAUAGGGAGCUCAGGUUGUGGGAGAGCCUCUUUGCUGGACGUGAUCACUGGGCGAGGCCACGGUGGCAAAAUUAAGUCAGGUCAAAUCUGGAUCAACGGGCAGCCCAGCACGCCCCAGCUGGUGAGAAAGUCUGUGGCCCAUGUGCGCCAGCACGACCAGCUGCUCCCCAACCUGACUGUCCGCGAGACCUUGGCUUUCGUGGCCCAGCUGCGCCUGCCCAGAACCUUCUCCCAGGCUCAGCGUGACAAAAGGGUGGACGACGUGAUCGCGGAGCUGCGGCUGCGGCAGUGCGCCAACACGCGCGUGGGGAACACCUACGUGCGGGGGGUGUCUGGGGGCGAGCGGCGGAGAGUCAGCAUCGGGGUGCAGCUUCUGUGGAACCCAGGAAUCCUCAUUCUGGAUGAGCCCACCUCGGGGCUCGACAGCUUCACGGCCCACAACCUGGUGAAGACCCUGUCCCGGCUGGCCAAGGGCAACAGGCUGGUGCUCAUCUCCCUGCACCAGCCGCGCUCCGACAUCUUCCGGCUGUUCGACCUGGUCCUCCUGAUGGCGUCGGGCAUCACCAUCUACCUGGGGGCGGCCCAGCACAUGGUCCAGUACUUCACCGCCAUUGGCCACCCCUGUCCGCGCUACAGCAACCCCGCUGACUUCUACGUGGACCUGACCAGCAUAGACAGGCAGAGCGGAGAGCGGGAAGUGGCCACCAGGGAGAAGGCCCGGUCCCUUGCAGCCUUGUUUCAGGAAAAAGUGCGCGACUUUGACGACUGUCUGUGGAGAGCGGAGGCCAGGGACUCUGGUUCCAAGAGCCUGGUCCUCCCACGUGACCCCGACCACCUCUCGACGCCCACCCAGCUGCCCGGCCCCGUGCAGCAGUUUACCACGCUGAUCCGGCGUCAGAUUGCCAACGACUUCCGAGACCUACCCACCCUCCUCAUCCACGGGGCGGAGGCCUGCCUGAUGUCCCUGGUCAUCGGAUUCCUCUAUUACGGCCACGGGACCAUCAAGCUCUCCUUCACGGACACGGCGGCCCUCUUGUUCAUGAUCGGAGCGCUCAUCCCUUUCAACGUGGUCCUGGAUGUCAUUGCCAAAUGUCACUCGGAGAGGGCGAUGCUUUACUACGAGCUGGAGGACGGGCUGUACACUGCCGGCCCCUAUUUCUUUGCCAAGAUCCUCGGGGAGCUCCCGGAGCACUGUGCCUACAUCCUCAUCUAUGGGAUGCCCACCUACUGGCUGGCCAACCUGCGCCCGAGCCCCGAGCCCUUCCUGCUGCACUUCCUGCUGGUGUGGCUGGUGGUGUUCUGCUGCAGGCUCAUGGCCCUGUGCGCCGCCGCCCUGCUCCCCACCUUCCACAUGUCCUCCUUCUUCGGCAACGCUCUCUACAACUCCUUCUACCUGACCGGGGGCUUCAUGAUCAGCUUGAGCAACCUGUGGACAGUGCCCGCCUGGAUCUCCAACGUGUCCUUCCUCCGGUGGUGUUUUGAAGGGCUGAUGCAGAUUCAUUUUAAAGGGCAAACUUACCACUUGGUAGUCGGCAACCUCACCUUCCCUAUCCUAGGAGACAAAAUCCUCAGCAAUAUGCACCUGAACUCGUACCCGCUGUACGCCGUCUACUUCAUCCUCAUCGGCAUCAGUGCUGGCUUCGUGGCCCUGUACUAUGUGUCCUUGAAGUUCAUCAAACAGAAAUCAAGUCAAGACUGGUGAUUCACGCCCGACGCCUGCCCGCUGGUGAGGGACUCAGCAGACCUUUCCACUGCACUCCCUUCCGCCCAAGAGCCCCUGCGGGUACAAGGAGGACAGUGAGCACAGCUGCUCAGCGACAUCGGCCACGGUGCUGCAGUGGCACAAGCUGGCCACUGGAUGGCAGCAGAAUAAAGACAGUCGAAAGGGAUUUCUAAUCACUGGCCAGAGCCUAAGAUUACUGGGAGCAUGAAAACCAUACUUGAGGCACCUACAAUGUUGCUCAUUUAUUUCCUUUUGAUAUGUAUUUAUAUAGGCAACUCAAUACAGGAUGGGAACAAAUAGGUAGCAAUCGAGUCACUAGGCCAUGCAAGAUUGUUUUAAAUUGUGUGUUCUCUACCCCAAGUCAAUUCUCCUUCCAUCAUCAUUUAUCCGCCUUUCUCCCCUCCUUCACUUCCCCUACCACCACCCCUUUCCCUCUGAUAAUGACCAUACUGUUGUCUGUGCCUGUGAGGUGUGGUUUGUGUUUUCUUAGUCUCUUCACUUUUUUCACCCAGCCCCCCAGCCCCCCACCCCUCUGACAGCCGUCCGUCUGUUCUCUGUAUCUGUGAGUCUGUUUCUCUUUGGUUUGUUAGGUUAAUUGUUCAUUAGAUUCACAUAUGAGUGAAAUCAUAUGGUAUUUGUCUUUCUCUGCCUGGCUUAUUUCAUCUAGCAUAAUACUUUCCAGGUCCAUCCAUGCUGUUGCAAAAGGUAAGAUUUCCUUUUUUUUUUUUUUUACGGCCCAGUAGUAUUCCAUUGUGUAAAUGUACCACAGCUUUUUUAUCCACUCGUCUACUGAUGGGCACUCCGGCUGCUUCCAAACUAGGCAAGAACGGGUAUGGCCCAGAGGAAGCAAGAACGUAAUAGCCAGUGGGAUAUUUGGCCUCCUCUUCCAGAACCCCCGGACUCUGUUUGGCCUCUGUCAAGACAGACAGUGACCUAAAAGCUACCAGCGAAUUGCAUCCCUCUUCUCUGUGUGGGGUGAUGUGCCCCAAAAGCCAAACUGAAUAAUUAAAACAUUUGUUGAGCAUCUACUCUGAGCCAGGCACCGUACAAAACACUCACAACAACCUUUGCGGUGGGGUGGACAUUAUCCCAAAGAUGAGGAAACUGAGGCACAGACAAGUUUGUAUGCUGAGCAAGGUCACACAGCUACUAUGUGGUGGAAUCUCAUGGGGUCAAAAAGGCCUUUUAAAUCUUCAGAAGUUAGAAGGCAGACGGCAAGGCCUGAGCCACCGUAAGGCUUGGAAUCCCAGGAAGGUUCCAGAAGGUGAAGAGUUUUAUAGAGGCUGUGCCAGCUCAGCCAGGUCUCUUACAGCUGCGUCUCACUGGCCCUGGCUGGGUCUCAGGACCAGCCUUGAAGCUCUCACGGUGGCCAGGGUAUGGGAUGGUGCAGGCCCAGGUCACAUGCUUCAUGUCUGAGCAUUGAGGACCAUUUGACCCAAAACAGGAGCACGGAGAGCAGCGAGGAGAUUGUCCCCAAAGGAAAACCAGAGUCUGGAACCAAAAGAGGUGAUGGGGUGGGUUUAGGAGGCAAACAGUGUUCACUAGAGGUCCCCCAGGUCCUGGCGACUUCAAGUGUGGUCCCCUGGUUGGCAGCAUGGGCCUCACCCGGGAACAGGUUAGACAGGCAGCAUCUCAGGCCCCACCCAGACCCACUGCAUCAGAAUCUGCAUCUUCAGAAGAUCCCUGGGUGAUGUGAAUGCACGUUGCAGGGGCAGUUUACAUUGUACAUUGCCACCAUCCAACGGGCAGACCCGAUGCGAGAUUCACUCAUUGCUGACAAUGCCCAUCACAGCAAAGGAUCCAGGUCAGGACCAAGUGCUGGAUCUAGUUGUCAAUGGUCUCCUUCAGUUUACAGCAAUCCUCAACUUUCCUUGACUUUCCUGACCUUGACACAUAUUUUAUGGAAUAGCUCUCAAUUUGCAGUUGUCUGCUGUAUGUUCAUGACUAAAUCAAGGUCAUGUGCCUUCGGCAGGGAUAUCACAGAAGCAAUGCAGUCUUCUCAUUGCAUCCCGUCAGGUGAUUUUGCUUUGUCCGGCUUUGAGGAUGUCCACUUUGAUGAAAGGGGUGUGUGCGUGCCAGGCUUCUCCACAGUCCAGUCCCCAUUUUCCCUGCUUUUGUAAUAAAAAAGC